AUGAAGACCUUAAUUGUUGUUGAUAUGCAGAAUGAUUUUAUUUCUCCCUUGGGUUCCUUGGUUGUUCCAAAGGGUGAGGAAUUGAUCAAUCCUAUUUCAGACUUGAUGCAAGAUGCUGAUAGAGACUGGCACAGAAUUGUGGUCACCAGAGACUGGCAUCCUUCCAGACAUGUUUCGUUCGCAAAGAACCAUAAAGAUAAAGAACCAUAUUCGACAUACACCUACCGUUCUCCAAGACCAGGUGAUGAUUCCACCCAAGAGGGCAUCUUGUGGCCCGUACACUGUGUGAAAAACACCUGGGGUAGUCAAUUGGUUGACCAAAUAAUGGACCAGGUGCUCACUAAGCACAUUAAGAUCGUCGACAAGGGUUUCUUGACUGACCGUGAGUAUUACUCCGCUUUCCAUGACAUCUGGAACUUCCACAAGACCGACAUGAAUAAGUAUUUAGAAAAGCAUCACACGGACGAGGUUUACAUUGUCGGUGUGGCCUUGGAGUAUUGUGUUAAAGCCACCGCCAUCUCCGCUGCAGAACUAGGUUAUAAGACCACUGUCCUGCUGGAUUACACAAAGCCUAUCAGCGAUGAUCCAGAAGUCAUCAACAAGGUCAAGGAAGAGCUAAAGGCCCACAACGUCAAUGUCGUGGAUAAAUAG